GGCGGGGAACGAUAAUGUCUCUUCUACGAGUUCUCCUUGUCUUUAUCCCCAUCGAGAUAGUAGGUGGUUUUGUAGUCCAUUCAGAGUUCCACUGUCUGUUUAACUCCACUGAGCUGAAGGACAUCCAGUACAUCUACUCCUACAUUUACAACAAGGUGGAGUUUCUCAGAUUUGACAGCAAUGUGGGGCUUUAUGUUGGAUACACCCAGUUUGGUCUGAGACAGGCUCACAGCUUAAAUAGCCAACCUGAAGUUCUGAAGAGGAGGCGAGCAGAGAGGGAAAGGGUCUGUCUGCCCAAUGCUGGGGUCUGGUACAGAAAUAUUUUAAAUAAAUCAGUCAGGCCGUCUGUGACCCUGAGGUCCAUAAAGCUGCCUGCUGGCGGCCAUCCUGCCCUGCUGACCUGCAGCGUCUAUGGCUUCUACCCCAAACCUAUCAGAGUGAGCUGGCUCAGAGACGGACAGGAGGUCACCGCUGAUGUCACUUCCACAGAGGAGCUUCCUGAUGGGGGAUGGCUCUAUCAGGUCCACUCUAAAAUGGAGUACACACCCAGGUGGGUCCAGGUUCUGGUUCAGACCGGUUCUAUUGUGGAGAAGCUCAGUUCUGAUGAUCCGUCCAUGCCAGAGUCAGAGAGGAACCAGCUGGCCAUCGGAGCUUCAGGACUGAUCCUGGGUCUGGUUCUGUCUCUGGCUGGAUUCAUCUACUACAAGAGGAAGGCCAGAGAUCUGCUCCCUGUUCCGACCUUUGAACCCAGAACCGGUCUGAACAUGCACUGAAGGUUGGUUCUGAUCUCUAGAACUACUGAUCCUCAGUCUGAACCGUGGAUCAGCUUCUCCAUCCUGAUGGUCCCAUCAUGUGAUGCCAUCUGCUGGUCAUAUCACAGCUUGGUUCUUUUUUUUCUGGAGCUCUGAAUCUCAUCAUGUCUCAUAAACUUUGUCGUCCACCAUGAAGGAAGGAGGUGUUUAACGUGAAGGUAGAUGUUUCUAUGGGGAUAAAGCUGGAUGAUGAACCUGACCUUAUGAAGGAGAAGUCCAUCUGAUUGUCUAUGGAGGUGCGACUGGAACAAUAAUCCCAUGUUUCUGAUGUUUCUGUGUAAUCUGGGUUCAUUGCUUUGCUUUCUA